UCAUGAGCUAACAAUUUUAUUAGACAUAUGUACCUAAUCCAUUCAUUCCUACAUUUAAUCCAACUAUAAAUUCAUCAAGAAUUGAUUAUCCAUCAACUAAUUCUGCUAAAUAAGUUGAUAUUAAAGAAUCAUCAAACGAUUAGAUCUAACAAAAUAAUGUUAUCACUUCAUCAUUUAGUUUAAAUCCUUAAACAAAUAAAUCAAUAGUACUUAAACGUAAAUUAAUACCAUAUAAUAUUUAGCAAUUUUAACCAAUCAAGAUGAAUAUCAAAGAAAGAUUAAUGAUUUAGAAAAAAGUCAUAAAAAAGAACUUAGAGAUCUUGAAUUUAAAAUGCAAUAAUAAUUAGAUUCACUCUUAUAAAAAAGAUAGUAAGAUGAUUAAUUUAAAUAAUUAACUGAUGUACGACAAUAGAUAGCUGAACUUUAAUCAACAUUAUAAGGAAAUACUUAUGGUAAUCCUUAUUCUUAAUAAUAAUAAUAAUAACAUCUAUUUUAUAGUCAAAAUGAGUUGGAUAGAUUAGAAAAGUAAUUAAAAAAAAAGAAAAAUAAAAUUAAACUCUUCAAGACUGAAAUGGAUAGUCUAAAAUCAGAAUUGUAAUUAAGAUAAUAAAAAAUAACAGAAUUAGAAAUUAAAUUACAUUACUCAGAAAAUAAACCAAUUAUAUAAUAAACCCCAUUACCUAAAGUAAUAACUGUACCACAAAGUAUUCCUUAACCUACCACAAUUAUAUAAGAUUCUCCAGAAUUAAUUGAUAGAAUUAGAAGUCUUGAAUUUGAAAGAGAUGUAUAAUUUUUUAUAUUAUUUUAGUCAUUACUUUAAGAAUUGAGAAGAUUUUAAUCUACAUUUUUACCUGUUUAAAAAUAAUAACAAUAUGCAUUUCCAUCUGUUGAUGAAUGGAAUCGACUUAUGCAUGAAUAUAAAGUAUUAGAAAAUGAAAACAAUAAACUAAAUACAAUAAUUUUAUAAAAGGAUGACUUAAUCAAAUCUUUAGAAUAAAGAAUAAGUGUAGAACUUACUAAAUAAAGUGCUUUAUAAGCUUAAGGUCAUUAACCAAGAGCUAUAUCUGUUUUAUAUGAUCCUUAGGCUUAAUAAUAAUCAUCUAAAUCAUAACAAUUGUAUCCAAUAGCAGUUUAAAAUACUGAGCAACAAUCUAAUAUUGAACCAACAUUACAAAAUCCUAAUGCCCAAUGA